UGAAACAUGAAAGUCAUGAAUUUCCCCGAACUACUUGUAGUUCCCCGCACUUCCUCUUUUGUAUGCGAACUACAAGUCUUUAGUUGCCAGUGAAAUUACGUCGUGCAAAAUCGUGAUAAUGGCAGCCAUCCAGAUGUCGACAAUUGGGUUUUUUACAUCUCCGUUUCAUUUUCACCGUUCAAUAUUCAGAUUGGUGGGUCCUAUUAAAGUUCACCCAAGUAGAUUUUUUACGAACACGAAGAGGCUUCUUGCAGGUCGAAACUCAAACGUUCAGCGAAAAGAACAAGAGAAAGAGGAUCUCAAGAACAACAACCAGGAUGAUGAUGAUGAUUUGAGUUACUUGUUGAAAUUGGGAGUUGGAUCUGUUGGAGGUGCAGUUGUGAUUAAAUAUGGAAGCGUGUUGUUACCAGAGAUUACAAGACCUAAUAUCGUAUUAAGCUUGGCUAUGAUAUUCACCCCGGUUUUAGUUGCUGUAAUUCUCUUGAUUAAGCAAAGUAGCAGUGGUACUACAGAACAAACCUAGCAGGUCUUAAUUUUCUGCAGUUCUUUUCUUUUCUUUACUGUUUAAGAUUUGUAUAAAUAAAUUUAUAACAGUGGUUGUUAGUGAGUGAUGACUUCUGUGUCCGUGUUCACCAUCGUACCAGAUUAUCAGGAGAGUAGCAUGCAUAUAUUUAGGACUGUACAUUGCAGUGGAUUGAAUAGAUAAUGUUUUUACUAACAA